AUGUGCUAUCUCCUCGAAAAACAUGACAACCUCGAGCCAUCUAUCUACACAUACCGAACCUAUGUCGUGACCUCUGGUGAUCAGUUCAGCGCCACGAAAGCCGAACGCUUCGAAGCCCAACUCGCCGAGAAGCAGCGCAAAAAGACUAAGUGCGAUACUGACAUAGGUGCCUUUGAUAUCGUGACUAUUCCACGAGCACGCAGGGUCCAUCAAUCCUACUGGUCCACACCUUUCACCACCCUUCAGGCCAUCUGGGCUUGUCUUCUUGUUCUGUGUGGUCGAUACCCCAAUCAAAAAAAGCUGCCCUGGAAGUACCCAUCAGUAUACCCAGAUCUCAUUAUAACCAAUGGUCCUGCGGUAUCUGUGUGCAUGGUUCUUGCAGCUAAGCUCCUCCGGGGCUUCAUAUUCGUGUCUCGCUUGGCCUCUGUGCAAGCCCGGGGGCAACCUGAAAUCUCCCGACUUCGAACAAUUUUCGUAGAGUCGUGGGCGCGGAUCUCCAGGCUCAGUAUGUCUGGUACGAUCUUGCUUCCUCUGGCUGAUCAGUUUCUGGUUCAAUGGCCUGAUCUGGCGGGACGUAGAGCCUGGUGGGGAAUGAAAAAGACUGUGUAUGCUGGCUGGGUCGUGCUAUGA